AUGGUCUUGUUCAAAGAUAUUGGCAAGCCCGCCGCCGAUCUCCUGGGCAAAGGAUUUCCCCACGAGAAGCCCUGGGAGUUGGAGUACAAAUACAAGUCCAAAAAUCCCCAAAUAACGAACGUUGCGGGCGUGGGCAGCCACGGGGGUUUUGACGCUUCUUCCUCUUUGGUGUAUUCCGCUGGAGACGCAAAGGCGGAAGUGAAAGUCUUUUCUGCAGGAAGAUCUUACGUGGAUUUGUCCUACAAGAUCCCGCAGCUUCCCAAUUUGAUCAUUUCCAGCAAAUACGAAAGAAAAGGCGAAAAGAACACUUCCGAUCUUUUCGACUUCUCCACGGAAUACGUCACGCCGCGCUUCCACAGCAUCUUGAACGUGAAUCCGUUGCUGCGCACCUUCAGUUCCUCGGGAACCUUCAGCUACGACCGUUUCCGUUUCGGCGGCGAAGUUUCCGGCAAACUCGACGCCUCCGGGAUGAAGUACGCGUUGGCCGCGUCUUACUCGGCGCCGACGCCCGGGAUGAAGGGGGGCAGCUGGAUGGCAGCUGUGAAGACCGCGCCUGCGGGGAGUCUGAUGUUUGGGAAGGUGAUAGGGAGUUUGAACGGGAGGUCUUUGGAGGGCCGUGGGGCGGAGUUGGCAGCAGAAGUGGAGUACAACAUUGCGGAGAAUAAAAGUAAUAUAACUUUCGGGGGUUUGUGGCACUUGAGUGAAGAAAAAGAAACAACUUUGAAGUCCAAAAUCUCCCAAAAUGGACUUCUUGCUGUUGCAGUUUCCCACAGACUCUGCAGCAACUUGCAGGCCACUGUAGGCACUCAGCUGGAUGUCACUAAGGCCCAAAACGCAGACAACUGCAAAUACGGAAUCAAGAUCGACGUCCUUUCUUGA